UGAAGGGGUGUAUUCAGUUGCUGGGGAUGGGUUACAAUAGAGAAACUAGAAGGAAGAAAUACUUGGAAGGAGCUUCCAAGGACACAGAAUUUAGAAGAAUAUCGGGAGUUUCCAUAUCAUUGGACAUUAGCCUACAAUCAAAGAAUAUUUUUGUGAGGAUAGUUCAUGCAGGUGGGCGAGAGGAAGGGUAUCAAGAUGCGGUUCCUGCAUCUCGAUUGAUGGAAAAAUAUCCUGGGAUGUUUGUUGCCAGGACAGAAGUUUUCACAAAUCCACAUAAGUCCCACUUACACCCAGAAGAGAAUCUCUUGCCUGGUCAGAAAUAUUAUAUAAUCCCAUCCAGGACUGUACAGAAACUGAAGCAUAGAUACCCAGAGAAGGCCCAAGUCAAAGAAAUUUCCAAAGAAGAAGAGUGGGAUUCAAAGAUCAUCAUUGAUGCAGGUGAAGUAAGUAUGAGGAAUCUGUUUGUUCCGCAAAAGAAUUUUAUCUCUCCAGGGAGAGGUGGUCAAAAUGUUCAAAGAGAAAAGGUAUAAGAAAUAAAACACCUUUC